ACACUUGAAGGAGGGGCGGGAGGCGACGGCUGAGGCGCUGUCAUGGAGUUAUCGCAGCAAGCGCGGGAACUGGGCUGCUGGGCGGCGGAAGAGAUGGAGGCGCCCGUGGCCGCCCGGGCCCCGGAGUCGACGCUGCGCAGGCUGUGUCUGGGCCAGGGGGCCGAUAUCUGGGCCUACGUCUUGCGGCAUGUGCACAGCCAGAGGAAUGUCAAGACGAUCCGGGGAAACCUGCUCUGGUAUGGCCACCAGGACAGUCCAGAGGCCUGUCGGAAGCUGAAGCUGGAAGCCGCUGUUGCCCACCUGCGGGCAGAGAUCCUGGAGUUAGACCAGAGCCUGGAGCUGCUGGAGCGAGAGACUGAGGCUCAGGGUGACCCAUGGGGCUGGAUAGAUGGGCAGCAGAUCGAGGUUAAGGAAAGUACUGAUGGCCGCCCCUGUUCCUCUCACAGACAUGGCCAUGGAGCAGGCCCUACAGAGCAUGCAAGACACCCAGCGUCGUGCUCUCCUCCUCCGGGCCCAAGCUGGGGCCAUGCGAAGACAGCAGCGUGGGCUCCAAGGUCCCAUGCAGCAGCUGCAGAAUCAGCUCAAGCAUUUGCAGGACAUAGAGAGGAAGGCCAAAGUGGAUAUAAACUUUGGACCCUUGACAUCAGCAGCCCUGAGCCUGGAGCCUGUGGUCCUGGGCGAUGUCCGAACGGCCUGCAGCCUCCGGACCCAGUUCCUGCAGAAGCUCCUGAUGCCUCGGGCCAAGGGAGGCAGCAUUCCACACUGCUGACAAACCACCCUCCGGGCCAUGUCCUGGCUGCCUUGGAGCAUCUGGCUGCAGAGCGGGAGGCAGAGAUCCAGUCCCUGUGCAGUGUGGAUGAGCUCCAAGAUACAGAGAUAGCCAGCUCGGCCCCUAUUCUCAGCUCCCAGGCCCCAGACCAGCCCAACUCCAGCCAGCCCCUGCCGUCCAUGGUGCAUCUCAUCCAGGAGGGCUGGCAGUCUGUGGCUGCACUGGUCACCCAGCGGGGCCCCCUCCUGAAGGACCAUCAAAUCCUGACCCGGCAUCUCCAGGGCCUGAUGGAGGACAUGGAGAGAUGCACCGUGGGAUCCAGCGAGAGGCAGGCAUUGGUGCUGGGGAUCCGGAGCUCUGCCCUGUGGGCAGAACUCAAGGCCCUGCGUGCCAUGAGCCAGGAGCUAGAGGAGGCUUCUGGGCAGCGGCAGCUUCUGCUCCAGGAGCUACAGGCUAAACAGCAGCGAAUCCUGCACUGGCGCCAACUGGUGGAGGAGACGCAGGAACAGGUCCGCCUGCUCAUCAAGGGCAACUCAGCCAGCAAGACGAGCCUGUGCCGGAGCCCUGGGGAGGUGCUAGCUUUGGUUCAGCAAAAAGUGGUCCCCACAUCUGAGAUGGUAGCACCACAGAGCCAGGAGCUGCUUCGGUGUCUAGAGGAGGAAGCCCAGCAUCUGCCCCAUCUUCUGCUGGGCACCCUGCUGCGGCACAGCCCUGAAGGGUUGCAGCCCCUCCCUACGGUCCUGCCAUCCAUCCACCAGCUGCAUCCUGCAUCCCCAAGAGGCUCCAGCCUCAUAGUGUUGAGCCACACACUGGGGCUGCCCGCAGGGAAGGCUCCGGAGCUGCUCCUCCCGAAGGCUGCCUCUCUUCGCCAGGACCUUCUGUUCCUCCAGGACCAGCGAAGUCUCCGAUGCUGGUAUCUGCUCCACAUGAAGACCAGCCUGCCGCCAGGACCAUCCACCCAGGAGCUGCUGCAGAUCCGGGCAUCCCAGGAAAAAGAGCAGAAAGAGAACCUGGGGCGGGCUCUGAAGCGCCUGGAGAGCCUGCUGAAACGAGCACUGAAGCGAAUCCCCGAGCUGCAGGGAGUUGUGGGGGACUGGUGGGAGCAGCCGGGGCAAGCCGCCCUCUCCGGGGAGCUCUGCCAAGGCCUGUCCCUGCCCCAGUGGCAGCUGCGCUGGAUCCAGGCCCAAGGCGCCCUGCAGCAGCUGUGCAGAUGAAGCGGUGGCUCAAAAAGAAGUCCAGAGCUUCGCAUUUGUUCACCCCAACACUUCACUUCCCUUAAUAAGACUUUUGGAAGAAAGCAUUGCCUGGAUGCAUCAGCCCAUUGUCUCUACCCACACCUGCCAUCCCCCUUCACAGGCUGUUCUGUUUUUCCUCUCAGUUGCCUUGCCACUGUCCUAUCAUCCCACUAAAGCCAAGAGAAUGGGGUACUGUGGGCCCCACCCUACCUGAAACUCUCCUCGUCACUUUUACCCUCAGCAAAAAGUAAUCAAGCACCUGCUCUAAGUACUGAGGAUCCAGCACUGAAAAAAAUGGACAGAAGUCCCAGCCUUCAGGGAGUUGUCAUUCUAGGACAGGAGAACAGACCACUGACAAAAUAAGUAAGCAAAAUAUUUAGUAUGUGGAAGAACUGCUGUGGAGAAAAAGCGGUUGUAGUGGUGUGAUUUUUAAAUAGAGGGCUACACAGCAAAGGUGACACUCUGUAAAGGUAGAGAGAGAAGGAAGCACACGGGCAUCUGAGGAAGGCUUGCAGAGGGGAAGACUACAGCACAUGCAAAGGCCCUGAGUUCAGAUGUGUUGGUGUGAGGGCUGAGGAGGCAGUGCAGCUGCUGGAAGAGGGGAAGGUUUAAGAGAUGACAUUGCCUUCUAGUUUAUUAUACAGUUUCUUUUGUAAAUGUAAAAUUUAAAUCUCUGAGCCAUUUGGAAUUUAUCCAAAUGGAUUCAAUUUUGUCUUAUUUUAAAUAUGUCUCACUAACACUUAUUAUAAUUUUCAUUCAGAGCAGUGAUUGCCUCUGAAGGAGGGCUGGGUGGCAGGGGUCAACCAAGGAGGAGACAAACUUUCUCGAGUUGGGAAUAUGUUGUAUGUUGAAGGUGGUGGGGUUACACAGGUGUAUAGAUUUUUCAGAACUAUUCUAGCCAUGCUGAUUAGAUCUGUGCAUUUCACUGUGCAUUAUCUUCAACUUAUAAAGUAAAACUUUACCUACCUAAACUUCAUAAGGUAGUUUUAGGUGAUUUGAGAUGCCACCUUUUCAUACACUAGAUUUCCAUGGUUAAUUGGGCUGCACCUGUGUUCUCUCCAAGCCCACUGUCUGUCUGACUCCUGUGUGCCAUCCCCACAGUGUUUUAAUUAUAAAGGCUGCGCAAUACGUCUUAGUACCUGAAAUGGCUGAUUGCCAUCUCGCUCUUAUUUUUCAGUGUGUCCCUGUCUCUUGCUAUGUUUUUCUCUCAAAUGAAGUGAACUUUAUACCCAAUUUGCCUGGUUCCAGAAGAAAUACAAACAUAGAUGGGGGUUUUAUUGGGGUUGCAGUUAGUUUACAAGUUAGGGAUAUUUGACAUCUUUGAGAUUUUAAACCUGAUUUUCCACCUCCCUUCCCAUAUUCCUCUCUUGGCCUCCAGAGCACCCUCACUCUCCCAGUUCUCCUCCUAUCCCUGGCUACUCUUUCCCAGUCUUUACACGUUUGCCUUCCUAUGUGCCACCUUAGUGUCCCCCCUCCUCUUCAUCUCAGCUCCGAGCCACCCCCCUACUGAACAUGAGGGUCCUUACCCCCGUCCUUGCUCAAUAUUUCUCCAUAGCACAUCUUCUAACAUACACUGUUUUACUUUAUCUUUUAUUGUCCUCAAACAAAAUGUGAGCUCCAUGAAGGUGAAUUCCUCUAUAAACUAGAAGUUGGACAAACUUUCCUAAAUAUGAUUUGAAAUCCAGAUGCAAUAAGGGGAAGUACUGACAAAAAAAAUAAAAGAAACUUUUACAUGGUUAAAAAAAAAAGCAAAGUAAGAAGAAAUGACAAAUUGGGGGGAAAUGUUCGCAGUUUAUAAUGUAAAAGGUUGUGUGUGUGUGUGUGUGUAGUGUCAAAGUGGAAAAGAAAAAUUCCAAGUCCAUGGAAAAAUGGGCAAAAUAUAUGAAUGGACAGUUCUCAGAAAAUAUGCUCAAACUCUGUAAGAGAAAAGCAAAUUAAAACCCCACUUUGAUACAUUUCUCACCUACCAGACUUGGAAAAAGGAAACCUAUAAUUUUGGCAGCUCCCUCUGUUGGUAAGGCUAUGGGAAACAGCACUCUGAUACAUCAGUGGAUGUGCAAUAUGGAAUAUCUGUGGGAUAAUCUCCAGCAAAACUCUAUAAGCAUUUAUUGGACUUCCCUGGUGGCGCAGUGGUUAAGAAUCCGCCUGCCAGUGCAGGGGACAUGGGUUCGAGUCCUUGUCCAGGAAGA